AUGGUGGAAUACAGGUUUGUUCCCGCGAAUCAGUUGGACUCCGCAGUCGGUUUUGCGGAUGCUGCUGCCAAAGGCCACGCGAUCCGUUCCGGAAUACGGCGAGGCUGGACAACAGCGGAACUUGCGGAUAGUCGGUCUCGGGAAAUAAUAACGCAGGGAAAGGAAUUACAGGGUCGCUUCCGGAUAUCGAUGAAAAGCAAACGAGUUACCUCAAAAAGAAGUCAUCAUCCAAAAGAGGCAACGGUAAUCGGUCAGGACCGAAAGUUUUUACGAGCAUGUAGAAGGAUGCGGAGCCCAUCAAUAAACCAGAUCGGAAACGCUCUCGAUCCCUUUAGAAGCUUUCCUAUCUCUCAAAACAAACAAGUCGAUAAACUCUUCUAUCAUUGUACGUGCUGCAUCCUGUAUUGCUUGUCAAUGCCAUGUAUGAUUGACCCUCGCUUCGCAGUUUUGACAGAAUUCAAAUUGAAUGAAUCAAAUGCUAGCACGAAGUCAACAUGGUUCCCCUAUGCAAUGCAAAAUGCUACAGUUAUGCACAGCACGAUAGCCUUGUCUGCCGCGCUUCUGAUUGCUACAACCCCACGUGUCGGUCACUGCGAUCCAGACUUGCGACAAGAAGGGCUAUACCAGAAAGGCCAAGCAAUGCGACAAAUACGAGAGUGGUGCUUACAAUCAAAUGUAUCCUACUGUGAUUCGAAUCGUGCUGCCAUAAUGAUAUCUAUAUCCACCAUGUCAACUGUCGAGACUCUAUAUGGAAAUUUCGAAGCAGCAAAGGCUCACCUGUUUGGCAUAUACAAAUUGUAUGAAAUACUGAACUACGAGCAAGAAUUUUCCAAUGAGCCCGUUUUACGCAAGUCAAUAAGUUUUGCAGAUCUGUUUCUUGCAUCUGCCCUUGGAAGUCUUCCCAAGUUCCCUUUAUUCCACUCAUACGAUAUCUCCCUUCCUCAAGAAAUACACAAUGAGGCAAUACGGCCACAGCCGCAUCCCAUCAUCGCCAGGCACUGCGGUAGAUCUGUAGCCCAGGCAUUCAACUAUCUCAGGCUUGCGGUAUGUGCUACUCGGUCCGAGUCAAUACCAUCGGAAACUAUACGCAUGUUGAUCAAUGUCGCGGAUGUGAAACUUCUGGAAAUAUUGCACGGCGAAAUGGCAGAUUCACCUCCAAUUAUGUCUUCCAGCAUUGUUAUUCUUGUUUCGCGUGCUUCCCACCUAUUUCUUUACAUUCUCAUCAGGCAAAUUCCUAUCAGGACCAGUCUCAUUCGCAAGAUGAGCGACAGAUUGUACGAUGCCAUGGAUGAAGCUAUCACACAAACUGAGAUAUGUACAGACUGCCCCGAGGUGGUGGCAUGGACAGCAUGUGUCGGUCUUCUUGGCACCUGGGAAGAGGUCCCGGGGAUAAGCUAUGAUGGCGCAAAAUUUCUGACCGUACUUGAUAGCAUUGGACUAAGGGACUCGAGAGAUUCGUCAUGGGUGUGUGAAGAUAGUUUGUACUCGUUCCUAUGGGACGCAAAACGCUGUAGCCCUCAUUUUCGAGGCAUCAUUGAGGAAUGGAUUCACGGAGGGACAAGUGAGUAA